CCGAGUGCAUCGGGUCCGUUCCGUCAAUUUUUAUUGUCAUCUGAACUCCUGCCCGCGACGCGUGUUAUUUUGGCAUCGUCUUCUCAGUCGAAUCAACUUUCUCCGCCGAUAGAAAAAAGUAAUGAAGAUUUAUUGAACGCAGCUAAAAACCUAGUGCGUUUUAUUGCUUAUUUCGUCUCUUACUGUCAACACAUAACAAGGGACGGAUGAUAUUUGCGUGCGCGGACUUGUGCGAGUGAAGGAGAUUAUUGCUGUUGUUGAGAGAGAGAGAGGUGUGCGAGUAACGAGAGCGAGGCGGGGCGCACACACGUGAGAGACCCGCCGGGAUUUCUCAAAUUCCGGAGCUUUUUGGCUGCUUCGGCUCCAGUUUUUCUUCUGUGCUUACUAUCUCACUAUCUUUUGGCUUGUAGCAGUUAUUUCGGAGAACGGGAACACGCCGAGAACGCGGCACGAGUUUUUAAAGGUACGCAAAUAUAACAUACACUUCUUCGAUCACGCGAUCUCUCUCUCUCUCUCUCUCUCUCGCAAUGUUGAGAUAUUUGACGGUAAGCCACCUGCAUGCGAUUCUCACGACCCUCACUAGUUCUUCCGGUGAGGAAAACUCAGAGGGCUGAUUUUACUCGGCACACUGGAGCGCAAUUUUUACCCGAGUAAAGGAGCGUAGGAUGGGCUGUGCGCAGCUGCCGAGCGGAGCUGCUGCAGCCAACCCGGCACCAUCGGUGCAUUGAGCGGCUUGGCGAAAAAAAGAAGAAGAAAAAAAAAAGGAAAAGCAGCGUAAAAGCCGUGCAGAAGGCAGUGUUCGAGGCGACACCCAACGUGGAAGAGCACGCGCGAGCGGAACGCGAGAUGCCAUCCUCGCAGGCCACCACCGCCAAUGAGCGGCGCAAUAGUGAUAGGACGCUAAGCCCAACUUUAACGCAAGAACCACCGAAAUUGAAGACACCACUGAAAACACCGCCGAAACAAGCGACAAACCCGCUGCAAUUCGUCAAAGUUGGACCAUGCCCGUUAUAUCGCUCCGCUCAGGAACAACUGAAAACAGUGCAAGAGGUGAAGAAGGUCAAACAGGAGGUGCGCGAUGAUCCCGAAGAUUGGCAAUCGAAUCUAGACAAUUGGAAAAGUAGCAGACGGAAACGGCAAGAGCACAUAAUCGAGCGCGUGGUGGAGGUGAAGAAAUUGGAGCUCGAGGAUCAAGAAAGGCUACGCAAACGAAACGCAAAAACAUUGUCGGAAAUGAUGGAAGGUCGAGGUCGCAAGCUCAGUCUGAGCCUCGCAAUCUAUAACGAGGAAGACUCGAAUGAUCUGAGUGACCUUGGCAUCGGCACUAGUAGUGGCAAAAGCUCUGUCAGUGGGGAUGCACAUGACGAUAGCCACAGUGUUCUCAGUGACAGAGACAGCGAGAUCGACAAAAUUCACUCGGAUGUAGACAAUCAUGGUCACGAGAACGGCAAUGACAGUAAUGAUCACGGUGCGACAUCCAAGUCACCGAUAGCUAUGAAAACAUCGCCAUCAAGCAUCAAGGCAAACUCAAUCGGUUCUCCACUCAAGAAAACAACGCUGAACAACGGUUUCCACAAGAACGGAAAUCAAGAGUACGACUCGGCGACGACGACUUCGCCAGAACCCGAAGAAUUAGAAGGUACAGUAAGGAGUUACGUUAAUCGCGUUGGACAAACCCCUCCAAGGCGCGACAUCUCGUCGCCGAUAAAGACUUUCUUAGCACGUACAUUUGAGGAAAAGGCCAAUGGUGUACAGUCUCAGUCUCAACAAUUGCAGCAACCAGUUGUCAAGAUCGACAUUCUCAAGAGGCGCGAGAUCUUUGAAAAGGCGUCAAGAGACAAUACGGAAAACAAGAGCAACAACAAUGGCAGAAUUGAAUUCGGCAACGGCAAGAGUAUCAAAGAGCGACUGUCAUUUUUGGAACGACAGAACGAAGAGAAGCUUCAUAUGAGUCCCAGACACUCGAUCGAAUCUAAUAGUUCUGUAUUGGAGCGAUUCAGGGAAAAGCUUACCUGCGAAAAGGAGUUGAAAACGAGAGACAUUGUUGCCGAAGAGUUGGAGGGCGUCAAACCUCUGAGGGAGCGAUUAUCGAAUCUUGAAAAGUAUACUAACGAGCAAAUGUUUAUGGCGCCAGCACAGUAUAAUGGCGAAGUGAGUGCCAAAUCAGUCAAGGAACGCUUGAUUUCGCUUGAUGUCAGUCGCAAGGAAUCCGAAAAACGUACCACAAGUUGCUUCCACGAACAAUCGAACACCAAUCGUGCCGAAAACUCGACUCCAAGUGAGCGCAGUUCCUCACCGGACUCUGAAUAUCGUGCACCCCGAGGUGCCCCCUUCCAUCACAGCCUGGACUCGCUGGACGCGGACGCUUCAAGCGGACCGGAUACGUUCGAGCGCGUGCAGAGCCUCGAGGAACUCGACUAUCAUCAAACACGCCGUUAUCCGGCUUCUUCUUCAUCCGCGGAGAUUCUCAAUGAUACCGACCGUGAAGAUUCGGGAAUACACACGGCUGACGCAAGUUGCUCCGUCAGUCAGGCCGACGAACCUAUCGAAGAAGAGAGCAACAUUGUUGCACCCAUGAUUGAGAGCGUCAAACCUCAGGUUAUCGUUGAAGAAAUGACUGAAUUCAGAAGUACUAUCGAGACAAGUUUGGUAGAGAACACGAAAAACCUUGAGGAGAAGAUUUCCGAAUUGCAACUGGAGAAGCCCGAGCCUUGCAAUGCGGUGCUGCCUGAUACGGGCACCGCUGACACUUGUACUUCCUCCUCCAAGGCUGAAGCCGCUCCUCUGACUAUUAACGCUAACAACAGCAGCAGCAGCAUCGCCUACUCCUCGUCUCAACGCCCGGUAGUCUAUCAAAGUCCUCGAGUUCCUCCACGCCAAACUCCACCCGAUUAUUUACCCAAACUCAAGAUUUCCUACCUUCCCGAGAUAACCAGUCCAAAAGACGAGUCUCCCUCGGAAGGUCUUUCCACGCCUGACUCUUCCUCGGCCAACACUGUCUGCUCGAUAGAGCCAGAGGCCAAGAACGACAGUUUCGGCUCGCCUCUCCCAUCGCCACGUACACCUUCCAAAAUUCCCACUCCACUUCCGCGAAAAUCCAUCUCCUCGGGCUCGUGCUCCUCGAGUUCCUCUCCGUCGGGCUCACCGAUCAAAGUUCCACGAAGUCCUUGUUUGCCAAAAGCCUCGGAGAUCCCGGUGCCGGUGCUAGCGAGAAGUCCUGCAGAAGAACGACGGCGCACAGUGGUGGAGGUGUGUGAAAGGGUUACAGUUGCACCGGGUGAGCUGCUCGCUACUCCUUUCAUUACUCUUGAGCGUGAGCGUAGUCAGCGUCACGACGAGAGCUACCACGGAGAUAGCAUGGAGCCGACGCUCGAGGAGGAGUUGCUGCCUCAGUCAGUCUCAGUCGACGAAGAUCAGCCACUCGAAGAGGAGGAAGAGGAGGAGGACGUUGACGAGCGCGAGGAAGAAGAAGAAGAGGAGGAAGAAGAAGAAGAAGAAGAAGAUGGUGAUAUGCUAGAAAAGCCACAACAACUACAGCAACAGCAGCUGGAAAAGCAAGAGCCAACGAUCAUGGAGUCGGCAUUGCUGGUGCAAGAAGUCGUGAAGGCUCAAGAACUACCAGCAUCAGCGUCCCCAGCUGCGAUUCGCCCGACGACCCUCGACCUCGAGUGCGCAAGUUUGUGCUCUGACUUCCUCAGUCCGUUAUCGCCCGUCUCCAAGCAGAUUUUGCCGCUAAGCUUCUCAAGCGACGAAGAGAUUGUCAGCAACCUCGCAUUCCCAUUGGGACCGCCGACGAGCGUUGAGCCACCCAAGGAAAAACCACCACCGCCACCUGUGGAUCUCAGUGACGAGGAGAAUCACCCGAUAGAGCCACUUAAAAGACUCAAUUCUACCCGCAGAAUCAAAAAGGAAUUGCGCAGUCGGCGCUCGGAUUUCUUGGGUAUCGAAGGAAUCAACGAUGAUGACAUUGAGCGCGAGCUCACUCUGUCCAAGCCCCCUGAUAUCGCGGCAAUUCUGGCGGAAGAGCGUCGUAUCGAGCAACUUCAUCGCCGUUCUUACGACACCGACAGCAACUACGAGCAAGAUUCAAGCCAUGAGCGCGACUCUGGCGUGGAGUUGGGCCAAGCCGAAGACUGGACCAAGCAGCCAGUCAGUCCGGACAUGUCGCAGCAUAGCCGCCAAAGUAGCGAGCCUUUCGGUGCAUCUGUCACGUCGUCCGAGGAAGACGAGAUCACUAAGAAAGAGCGCGAGAUAAUCGAGGUACUCGAGCGCGAGGAGCAAUGGCGCUACGAGAACAACCGCGAGAACAGCGACAUCGGCGAAAAACUCGCGCACAAACUACGAGAACUCGAAGAGGAGAAGAUGCAAUUAGAACGCGAACGAGAGGAGGCAGGAGAUAGCAAGAGACGCUCGGCCAAGACACUGAGGAUGAAUGAGGAGAAUCUGAGGAAGCAAGAGGAAUUGACGAGGAUGCAAGAUGAGCAAGAGGAGAAGAAACGACAGGAGGAGCAAGAGGAGCAAGCUAAGAUACAGGAGGCGAUUAGAGUACAGAGGGAAAGGGAACGAUUGAGGCAGGAGAAGAACAAACAGGAGGCCAAGCCGGCUAGCCCUGUUCUUACCUGCAACGAGGAAGAGUACACCUCGAGACAGGAAGUAUUACGAGUGGAGCGCGAGCUCCUUCAACUUGAACAAGAGGAACUCAAACGCCAGCGUAGCAACUUAGCUUAUCGUGAACAGAAGCAACAACAGCUUGCUGAACAACUUCAAGAACAAUGGAAAUCACUGCAAGAUGUAGCUCAAGUACCACCAGUUCAACCCCGCCAGUCCCAAAAUUACGUUAAUAUCAAGCCUCAAAUAAAUGCUCCGCUGAACUACAGAGCCUCAAUGCCGAACUUGCAAAUGCAAGACACGGUGAUUGGACAAAGACGAAGACCACCGCCACCACCGAUUCCACCUGCCAAACCACUAAGACUGGUAGAACAGAGACAACGUGACGUUACAAUUAGAAACAGUCGUAUCCCCUCUGCGGAUUCGAUACCGCAGCAAAUCGAGGCGCCGCUUAAAAAUAGUUGUUCGUCCAACGCAAUAAACGGUCAAUCACAGCAGCAUCAACACGGCCAGCAGAUGAGUAGACAAACCUUGCAAGCUCUGUCAGCCGCGCCACGGCCUAGGAUUGUUCAAGGUGACCAAUGGGUGCAGCGCCGUAAGAGCGAUAUUCCACGUGGUGCUUAUGAUUAUAAUUACCAACACUGGCUUAUUCAGGAAGCAGAACAGAGAAGAAUCAAUGAAAAAAAUCAGCGCUUGCCAUCAGUGCGAAAGCCACAUAUGACGGGUACUUCAGUACCAUAUACAGCGUCACCACCUAGACCAGAUAAUAAACCACUACCAGACUCUAUUAUUCAAACACUCACACAGAGGGUCCAAAAUAGGGUACAAGAAAAACCGUUAUCACCUAGACGAAGGUUAGAGCAUAGUGCCAGUCAAGAACAUUUGCACACAUCUCAACAUUAUCAAGUGCCACAGCACAAAGUGCAUCAGUCACUAAAUAAUAAUAAUAAUAAUAAUAAUAACCAUAAUAACAACAACAGCUCUGAUACGCAAGAAAAAAUGCUUAGUGUCAGUGGAAAGAAAAAGUGCUCGCAUUGCGGAGAUGAAUUAGGACGAGGCGCGGCGAUGAUAAUUGAGAGCCUUCGGCUAUUCUACCACAUGGAGUGCUUCAAGUGCUGCGUUUGCCACGUGAGACUCGGGGACGGUCUUAUGGGCACGGAUGUGCGUGUGCGCAAUCACAAGCUUCACUGUCACAACUGCUACUCCAGCGACGAUGGUGUCAAAUUUAGCUGUGUAUGAAUAGCGAUCGAGCACAUUUGGAUAAAACAUUGAAGCGGACAUUCAAGCUGACUAACUUGAAUAUAUAGCGCGCUUCGGCUAUAUUUUCACAAGUUUUAGCAGAGCGCCCGUAUUUUCAAUUCGCACUACUCGGUCCUGCUCGAGGUAGACGAUUCGUGCUAGACAGUGUAAAGAAGACAAAAGAGCCGGAGUCUCUCUUGAACCCAACGCAGCCAAUUUUACAGCUAGUACAUAUCGGAAACAAUGCAGGAGGCGACUUACGCAAUGAGAUACUAUACUAACACACACGUACUCUCUCACAUACAUACAGCCACAAGACAUUAUGUAAAUAGCGUGUAUUUAUGUAAUUAGCAGAUAGCUCGUAAGCUGAAAAAUGGAGUGUCGCUGUAGCUUUUGCAAAAGUACAAUUCGAUGCAUGCUUAAUGUCGAAUACAAAGUGACAUUUAUCGAAGAGUACCAACGCAAUCAUUGCUACUUUCUUUUUUUGUCGUUUUGGGAUGAGAAAGAGUGUACAUUAUGUAUCAUAUGUGAUAAUUUAAGUAAAUUUAAUUAAAGAUUGAUAAUAAUAAUCGAUCGUUUGAGAGAUUUCUGUAUUUGAUAAGUAGAGAAGGAAAUGAAACGUGGGUAGACGAGCUUCUUUGUUAAUAAUUUGUUAAUCCAGAGUAAAACCAAUCGUGCCUAGGCUCACUCCGCCCUCUUUAUUUUUUUAAUUAUAAACUAAUAAUUAAUAAAUGUAAGGUACUUUAUUGAUGCCGUGCAUUGCAUACAUACAAUAAUAUGUACUGUGGACAAUCAAGUCGUUAAUUUCAUUGUAUUUCUAUCUUGUAACAAAGUGACACAUACACCUAAUUAUGUGUUAUGCGGCAUGAAAAUAAAGUUCAUUUUAUCGUUUUUAUUUUCUGCUCUCUUCUAACUCUUUUUUUCUUUAAUUUGUGCGAUGAUGAUGAUGAUUCACUCGGUUAUUCGUUUUACGUCAUGAAGACAUCAUCUUCAAGAUUGAUAUAAUUACACAUGUGAAAUAUUGUAUAAUACGUGUUUCAUCUAUCGCAUAAAAGUGUAAUUUUAUAUUCAUGAG